ACUCGAUCAGUUAAGAUCUAUUCAGAAACGUCGCGAUCAAGAUGAGAUCCUGGUACUUGGCACUCAGCUUGCUGCUGCUCGCAGCAUCCACAUUCCAGCCCACUGAAGCUCGUGGCGGAAGGGGUCGUGGUGGCGGUUCAUUCGGCGGACUCUUUGGUGGUUGGCGCAAGUAUAAGAAGCCCUCGUCAUCUGGAGGUGGAAGGCGGGUGGUGAGCGGAUCGCCGGUUCACACGGCAAUGACAGUGCCGAAACCCCCGCCGCCGCCACCGGCACCACCAAAACCGAUGAUGCCGUCCAAGCAACAGAUCCCCAGCUAUCCGCGACAGCAAAUGCCCCCGAGUUACGGAUAUGGGUCGUAUCCGGGACAAGGGAGUGGCACCUACUACGCCAAUGCUCAGGCUUUGCCAGCGGGAGCAGUUUACUACGCUCAACCACCUGUGGGAAUGAAUCGCGGACUGGGAACGGGUGAUUUCCUUACUGGAAUGCUGGCGGGUCACAUGAUGAACAACCUGAUGUUUGGCCACCGACACCAUUCGUUCCACAGAAAUCGAGAGGAGGGGCAGUCGCCUGCCCAGGGAAAUGGCCGCCAGAUCAUCAUCGUCAAUAACGGUCAGCAGGAGGGAGGGUUGCAGAAUGAAACCACCAUUUCUGGGGAAGCCUCUGACGUAGUUCCUCCCGAAAAUCCUCUUCCAGAGGACGAGGAGGAAGAGGAGGGCCAGGGAGAAGGCGAGGGUGAAAGUGAACCUGCUUCAAGCGAAGAAUCCCCAGAAUUCGAGGCGACUCCUCAACCCUAUCCAGAUGGUGGCAUAAUUUGCUUUCCCAUCAUGCUAAACGAGACAGACCCCGAAAAUUUAGAGGUGAUGCGUGAAGUGGAGCGAGUAGUUUGCUUUCCAGCUCCGCCCAACACUCCAGACAACUUCCAACCCAUCAUAACCACUGAGCCACCCAUUGUUGCCGGCGAUAUUGUAGGUGGUGAAGAGGUUGGUUCAGAGGGAGGUGGAGGUGACGAGGUCAGCAUUGAGGUGGCCAACUUUGUAGCUCCGAAGGCCACAAAUUUCGAAAUGGAUUCCAUUUAAGUACUCGUCGGAUAGAACCUAAGUAAGACAAAGCUAAAUAAAUAUUAAUAAUUUA